CUUCUUGCUGCGCAGCCACCACGCUGCCUUGCGCCGGCCACAUGCGCCGUCUGGACGUACACCUGCAGCCUGAUCGACCGUUCUUCACAAUGCGUCUGUAUAAUCGCUGGGUCGGUCUUGGCCAUGGUCCAGCAUUGAAAGGCCGCAAGCCGUUGAGUCGCCUCUCACUGUCCAGCGUAUACCGCGCCCGCCUCCCACCCAACUGGCGUCGUUACCGUGCCCUAAUUGCAACCACGACGACCGCGUCUCUUCGAUCGCACGGCUUGCCAAAGUGGCAUCCCACGGCGGAUCACAACGAGCACUGAAGCUAUUUUGGAGCCGUGAGAGGCACGGCUACCCUCCGCUUGGCCAAUCUGUUCAGCCUCACGCGGCUGGGUCUUUCUGAACGAAAACCCAGCUGGAGACAUGACCUUCACUCGAACUUUUGGCUCAAUCUAUUAAUCUGCCCUCAGUGUACGAACUUGAUGGAGAGCAACUCUCAGACUUGUCGAAGUCGCCGUCGCAGUCAGACUCGAACCCUCUUCCACCUCCCUCCUGAGCCUCACGACAUCCCUACUUGACAAUGCGUCUUUUGGAAGCACUGCCAGACGGACGGUUUCGUCUGACCGAAGACCUCCCCGACCACGCCGUCCCUCCCUAUGCCAUCCUCUCACACCGAUGGGAAAAUGAUGAUCAGGAAGUCACUUAUGGAGACAUAGUCAAAGGUCAGGGUCGAGACAAGGCUGGAUAUGACAAGAUCCAGUUCUGUGGAGAACAGGCGACCAGAGACGGCUUACAGUACUUCUGGGUGGACAGUUGUUGCAUCAAUAAAUCGAGCGAAGGUGAACAUCAGAAAGCUAUCCAAUCCAUGUUCCACUGGUAUCGCCGAGCGAGUCGCUGCUAUGUCUACUUGUCGGAUGUUUCUGUAUUUCCUGGUGACAACAAUGAUAUGCAGCAAUGGGGACCGGAUUUCCAAAACAGCAAAUGGUUCACUAGGGGCUGGACACUCCAAGAGCUGCUAGCCCCAGCUUCGGUCGAAUUUUUCUCUCGCAACCGCGCACGACUUGGUGAUAAAGGUUCGCUCCUGCAACAGAUUCAGCAGAAAACGGGAAUUGAUGUACGAGCACUUCAAGGAGAACGCUUAACUCGGUUCAGCAUCAACGAACGAUUCUCAUGGAUGGAACGCCGCAAGACCACAGUGGAAGAAGAUAAAGCGUACUCACUGCUAGGCAUUUUCGACGUCUCCAUCCCUAUUCGUAAUGGUGAAGGUAUGGCGAAUGCGUUUAAGAGGCUCGAAGACGAGAUUAAUAAGCGGUCGAAGUGUAUCCAAGACCUACGCGUCACGGAUCCCCGUGAUGACAAGAAACGGAUUGAGGACACCAAAGGUGGCUUGCUAGCGGACUCAUACCACUGGAUCCUGGAAAAUAGUGACUUUCAGCGAUGGCGUGGUAACCAGCAAAGUCACAUGCUGUGGAUUAAAGGCGACCCAGGCAAGGGCAAGACGAUGCUUCUCUGUGGCAUUAUCAACCAGUUGAGGAGUAGCAUGCCCAAAUCCCAUCUCUUGUCCUACUUCUUCUGUCAGGCAACGGAUUCGCGAAUCAACAACGCCGUGGCAGUUUUGCGAGGCCUCUUGUUCUUGCUUGUUGACCAGCAGCCUUCGCUAGUCUCGCAUAUCCGAAAAAAGCAUGACCAAGCCGGCGAAGAUCUUUUCAAAGACGCCAACGCUUGGGUUGCUUUGUCCGAGAUCUUUACCGACGUUUUGCAGGACCCGUACCUGGAACCUACUUAUUUGAUAAUCGAUGCGCUCGAUGAAUGCACAGUAGACUGGAAGAAGCUCCUGCGCUUUAUCGCUGCUGGCUCGUCGCUGUCUCCACGUGUUAAAUGGCUUGUAUCGAGCCGCAACUGGCCUCCUAUUGAGGAGCGGCUAGACAAGGCCGAGAGUAAGGUGAGGCUAUGCCUCGAGCUGAAUUCCGAGUCCAUUUCUGCGGCUGUCAAAAUCUACAUCGAGCAUAAAGUGUGUCAGCUGACGCAGGAGAAGAAGUAUGACGACAAGACGCGAGAUGCGGUGAUUGAACAUAUGUCCUCGAACGCAAAUGACACAUUCCUCUGGGUUGCUUUGGUCUGCCAAAGCCUCGAAUCGGUCCCUCGAUGGAAUGUUCGUGCAAAGCUGAAGACUUUUCCACCCGGGCUUGACUCUCUCUACCAACGAAUGAUGGGACAGAUUAGUGAUUCGGAGAGCCCACCACUCUGUAAGCGGAUUCUUGCCUUGAUCGCAAUCGUAUACGAACCCAUCACUAUGUUCGAAUUGACGUCACUUAUCGACACGCUCGAGGAUAUGUCCGAGGAUCCAGAGUCAUUACAGGAGAUUAUUGGUUUAUGUGGUUCGUUCCUGACCAUUCGAAAAGACACAAUCUACUUUGUGCAUCAGUCAGCAAAGGACUAUCUACUCUUGAAGGCGUCCGUUGAGAUCUUUCCAUCCGGGAAGGGAGAGUCCCACUAUACGAUCUUCUCAAGGUCACUCGAAGUUAUGUAUAGGACGCUACACCGGGACAUGUAUGGCUUUGGUGAUCCAGGAUAUGCGAUUGAACGGGUCAAACAGCCAGACCCCGACCCAUUAUCGGCGUUACGCUAUUCCUGCAUCUAUUGGGUUGAUCACCUCUACGAAUGUGAAGCUCACAGUCUAGUAGAUCACCAAAUCGACCUACAGAUGUUCGUGAGAGAGAAAUUCUUACAUUGGCUUGAAGCUCUUAGCUUAUUGAAAGCUAUGUCGAAUGGAGUCCUUGCAAUGGCGAAACUCGAGAAACUUGUCCAGGAUAGAGCAGACGCACCCGCACUACUCGAGCUGAUUCACGAUGCUCGUCGAUUCCUCAUGUACCACAAGCAGGGAAUAGAGAUCAGCCCUCUUCAAGCAUAUACCGCUGCACUCAUCUUUAGCCCAACUAACAGCCUGAUAAGGCGUCACUUCAAAAAGGAAGAGCCAAAGUGGAUCGCGAUAAAGCCGGGUACGGGAGAACGAUGGAGCGCCUGCCUACAGACGCUCGAGGGCCACAGCGACUUUGUCAACUCGGUAGCCUUCUCGCCCGACUCGGCCCGGCUCGCGUCGGCGUCAGGGGACUGCACGGUGAAGAUCUGGGACACUAGUAGCGGCGCCUGCCUAGAUACGCUCGAGGGCCAUAGCGGACCUGUCAAGUCGGUGGCCUUCUCGCCCGACUCGGCCCGGCUCGCGUCGGCGUCAUGGGACUGCACGGUGAAGAUCUGGGAUACCAGUAGCGGCGCCUGCCUAGAGACGCUCGAGGGCCAUAGUAAGGGUGUUAACUCGGUGGCCUUCUCGCCCGACUCGGCCCGGCUUGCGUCAGCGUCGAGGGACUACACAGUGAAGAUCUGGGAUACCAGUAGCGGCGCCUGCCUAGAGACGCUCGAGGGCCAUAGUAAGGGUGUCAACUCGGUGGCCUUCUCGCCCAACUCGGCCCGGCUCGCGUCGGCGUUAGGGGACCACACAGUGAAGAUCUGGGAUACCAGCAGCGGCGCCUGCCUAGAGACGCUCGAGGGCCAUAGCGAAACUGUUAACUCGGUAGCCUUCUCGCCCGACUCAACCCGGCUCGCGUCGGCGUCAUGGGACCACACAGUGAAGAUCUGGGAUAUCAGCAGCGGCGCCUGCCUAGAGACGCUCGAGGGCCACAGCGAAACUGUUAACUCGGUGGCCUUCUCGCCCGACUCGACCCGGCUCGCGUCGGCGUCAUGGGACUGCACAGUGAAGAUCUGGGAUAUCAGCAGCGGCGCCUGCCUAGAGACGCUCGAGGGCCACGGCAGCUUUGUGAUCUCGGUGGCCUUCUCGCCCGACUCGACCCAGCUCGCGUCGGCGUCAGAGGACUACACAGUGAAGAUCUGGGAUAUCGGCAGCGGCGCCUACCUAGAUACGCUCGAGGGCCACAGCGGCCCUGUCAAAUCGAUAGCCUUCUCGCCCGACUCGACCCGGCUUGCAUCGGCGUCAUGGGACUGCACGGUGAAGAUCUGGGACGUCCGUAGCGGCGCCUGCCUAGAGACGCUCGAGGGCCACAACGGCUCUAUCGACUCGGUAGCCUUCUCACCCGACUCGACCCGGCUUGCGUCGGCGUCAGGGGACUGCACAGUGAAAAUCUGGGACAUCCGUAGCGGCGCCUACCUAGAGACACUCGAGGGCCACAGCGACUUUGUCAAGUCGGUGGCCUUCUCGCCCGACUCGACCCGGCUCGCGUCGGCGUCAUGGGACUGCACGGUGAAGAUCUGGGACACUAGUAGCGGCGCCUGCCUAGAGACGCUCGAGGGCCACAGCGACUUUGUCAAUUCGGUGGCCUUCUCGCCCGACUCGGCCCGGCUCGCGUCAGCGUCGAGGGACUACACAGUGAAGAUCUGGGAUACCAGCAGCGGCGCCUGCCUAGAGACGCUCGAGGGCCAUAGCGGACCUGUCAAGUCGGUGGCCUUCUCGCCCGACUCGGCCCGGCUCGCGUCGGCGUCAGGGGACCACACAGCGAAGAUCUGGGAUACCAGCAGCGGCGCCUGCCUAGAGACGCUCGAGGGCCACAGCAAGGGUGUCAACUCGGUGGCCUUCUCGCCCGACUCGGCCCGGCUCGCGUCGGCGUCAUGGGACCACACAGUGAAGAUCUGGGAUAUCAGCAGCGGUGCCUGCCUGCAGACGCUUAGUAUUGGCACAGUACUCGAUAACAUAUCAUUCGACAUCACAGGAUCGUCUCUUUAUACUGAUAUCGGUAUCAUCGUCGUUGAUACAUCUGCAGCUUCAAGCAUAACGCCGGACAAAAUGGAACAUCAGAACCCGCGAUAUGAAGGCGUGAGCCUGGGUCCAAAUAGAGAUUGGAUUAGACGAGAUUCAAAGAACAUCAUAUGGCUACCAUCCGACUAUCGGCCAUCAUGUUCAGCUGUGUCGGGGAGGACGAUCGGCAUCGGGGCAGGAUCUGGAAUGGUGUGGAUGUGUAACCUUGAGCGCACCGGCUUUGAACAUUGUUAG